UGGUAGUGCCAAGUUUAAGCAUUAAUAGUAAAUUAAUACCAAUUUAAUUCCAGGGCUUGGAGCUUUAGUAAUUUAAUUUAAGAAUUGAAAGAGAUGAAUGAAUAGAAAUUUAAGAAUUUAGUUUAAGAACUAAUGUGUGACCUAUAAGCCCAUGAGUCUUCAAAAUUCCACUAGAAUUCCGAGGGUCGGGUUCCCAACCAUCGAUCGCACUAUGGCGCUCUCUCCAAGGUUCCCUAGGAGCAUCCAAGAAUCCGCUGGCAGCAGCUCCCCCUCGCCCUCGGUUCGGUGGCCCUUCGCCAAUCUGUUCGACCGCGGGCUCCGAGAUCAGAUCUCUGCUCUCAAGCGCUGCGAGCAGGAACGCCAAAAACUCGAAUAUCAGAUACACGCCCUCGAUGUCCGUAUCGAGAGGUUUGACGAGCGCUGGGAACGACUCCGGGCUGAAGGGAACUUGAGUUCCGAGAAGCUGACAAAUUGCGUCGGCAAGAAGGAGAAGAUGGAACAGGAGAAGACGGAACUAGAGAAUAAAGAGAAGGGUUUCGUUGAACGAUACAUCAAAUUAAAGACAGAACAAGACCUCCAAAAUUCACAGAUUGUAAACUUGGCCGCUCAAAUUGAAACCCUGCAAACAGAGAAUGAAAGCAUGACAGCCAAGCUUCGAAAAGCUUAUCAGAAGUUCAAGGUACUUCACGAAGAGAACGAAAUCCUGUGGAAAGUGGCUGAAGAUAGAAACCGCCUCCUGCCCAUUAAAAAGAGAAUCACAUCAUCAGCGUGUGACAGAAGGCACUCCUCAAGUGCUUCAGAUAAGGGGAUAUAAGAUCAAGCAUAAGUGCGAUGACUCCAGCCAAGAGGCUGAUUGAUAGCAGUGCAGCAGAGUGCCACUAUCGCCUUUGCGACAGAAUUCUCCUUUGAGUAGCGUCUUGCUCAUCAACUGAUAAUUGGAUUGUGCCAGUACUUGAAAGCUCCAUGUUCAGCUUCAUUUCUAGUUCUUGUUGUACAUGCAUUGAGAUGAAACUUAAUACGUUGAAACCGGGGCAGCUGGAUGGAGUAUUUGUUCUUUAAAUUCUUGGCACCACGCUGAUAAAUCAAAAUGAAUAGCGAGUUAUACUAACAUCAAUAUCUCAUCAUUUAGUCCAUGUUUACUAUAGGGGAUACUUUGUUGAUUUA